AUGGAAGCAACGACUCCGAAAAGAAGCGGUUCAAGAAGACAUUAUAUAGGCUCUGGGGAUGAUGAUUACGAGGUUGGAGAAGCGGAAGGUCAAGAUAAAUUGCAAUCUCCUGUUCAAACUCCUUCUCCCAAGAAUCAGUCCUUACAUGGAGAAUUUAGUACUGGGGUAAGGAGGUCCUCAACAUCUUUGGGGUACCUAUCUACUCCUUUGCCUAAUAAGAGCGAUAGACGGGUUAGUAAUGAUUUUGUAGGGGAAUCUCAAUAUCAGAAUAUGAAUGCAUUUUUAGCUCCAAAUUCUCCUAAUGGCAAGACAAGAUUAUUACCUCCAACAACUCCAAAAUCAAGAAAUACCGAAGUGUUCCUUUCACCUUCGCCAAAAUUAAAAUCACCAGGUGUCUAUAAAGAACAAGCUAAACCAAUUCGUGAAAUAUCGAAUAAUCUAAAGACAAGAUUAAACUAUGCCUUAGUCAAACUACAAAACGGUUGGGUUGAUAAAACAUUACCCGAAUUAGAGAUAGAAUUAGACGGUGAACAGAAUCAGCAUCAACAAUCAAAUAUGGAUACAACAAAGCUUACAGAAUCCCAGAGAAGAAUGAGUACGUAUAGUAAUAUAUAUGCAAAUGAUGAUUAUGACUCUAACGCUGUUAUGCCAAUGGCAGAAUUUGGGAAUGGUAACGGGAACAAUAAAGCAAAAAAUGACUCAAGAAAUGAUAAAGAAGAUAAAAAGAAAAAGAAAGUGCCAGAGAGUAAAUUAUCAAUUGAUACUACUUCGAAAAAUUUGCCAGCGGAGAACUCGACGUCUGCACAUCUAGCAUUUUUGAAGGCAAUAUCAAGUCCCCAAAAGCAAGCAUCUGAACGACUGAAUGUAUCGCCAUUAAAAUGGCAAAAUAGAAACUCACCUAGAAAGGACCAACCCACAGAAGAAGAAGCUAUUGAAACAUUGAUGUCUCUUUCAUCCCCAAAAAAGUCAAGUUUUACAAAUUUAGAAAAUGCGAUGAAACCACCACCAGUAUUUAAAUUACAUUCAAAUACAAAUUCGCCAACAGAAAAAUUAUCAACACCAGUACUUCUCACCAAUGAAAGUAUCGAAAAUGAUAACAAAGAAGAUAAUUCGAUGAAAAGGACACAUUCUUCCGUUUCACAAAUCACGAAUUAUAAGGACAAAGAAUCAAGGCAUUCAGAUAUUGACACUGAUAUUGAAGUAUCAGACAGUUAA